AUAUCAAAGUUUGUAAAUCGUCGUUGUAAAACAAGAAGAAGAAGAACCAUGACCUUUCACCCUCACACAUGAGGAAAAAAUGUCUACCUCCUUUCAAAGCGUAAUAAGGGCCGCGUUCCGCCUCUCACCUUCAAAUUUAUUUCCACUGCGACAAUGUCAGGGGAUAUCUGUAAGAACUUGUGCGGCUCUUCGGCCAUUUGCACCUCCAAGCCACUCUUUCUGCCAAGUGGUGACACUCCAGGAUGAGGCUGCGACUCAGGCUACCGAGGCACUCUCUCGCUACAAAGACAGGCCGUGGGAUUAUCUGGAGAGUGAAGAGUACAUAGAGCGGUAUGGAGCCAAUCCAGUGUGGGCAGGUUACAGGAGGAACCACAAGGGAGGUAUUCCCCCACAGAAGACUCGCAAGACCUGCAUCAGAGGAGACAAGAUAUGUGGAAACCCCUGUCCAAUAUGCCGAGAUUCAAAUGUUAUUAUUCAUCAUCAGAAUGUGAAGCUAUUGCAGCAGUUCAUCAGCCCCCACACUGGUAUGGUGUAUGAUCCCACUCGAACUGGUGUGUGCAUGAAACAGCAAAAGAAGCUGAGUGAAGCUAUCAACACUGCACGAGAUCAUGGCUUUCUUCCUUUUCAGAUUCCCUAUGUCGACUUUGCAGGUGAAGAUUACUCCAAUUGCCAUGAUGCUGUGGGUGUCACACCGCCUGCCCCUGCUUUAAAGUCUGGUGACGAAUGGUAUGAAUGGUACGGUGAAAUAACUCCGGAUGAGAACGAAGUGGCUAAAGUCAGGAAGACUUAUAAGGCUUAUCUAAAGCCAGGCAUAUGAUGCCACCAUUUCUAGAUGCUCUUUUUUUAUGUAUAUAGUCAAUUAAAUCCCCAUGUGUAUCUGUUAAAUUGUAUCAUGUACAUGAAUAUAUAUAAAAACAAUAAAACAAAGGUGGGAAAAAAAAAUC